AUGGAAAAACUCUGCAGUGAAAAUGAAGCAAAGCCUGAGAACCAAGGCAAGAUGGAAAACAAAGAACAGCCACUGGAUGCAGGAAAACCAGGAGCAGCUACUACUAAGGAAUACAAAGAAAUGUUAGAAAACAAGGGAAGGACAGAUCACAAGGGAAAGACAGAUGAGGAAGUAUUAAAGGUUAAGGAAAGGCCAGAAAAUGAGACAAAGCCAAAAGAAGGAAACCCAGAGAGCCAAGGAAAGCCAGUGAGUGAGGAAAAAGCAAAAGAAAGAAAAGCAGAGAGUGAGGGGAAGCCAGAGAGUGAAGGAAAGCCAGUGAGUGAGGGAAAACCAAAAGAAGACAAGCCAGCCAGCGAACCAAGGGAACUAAGGGCUGGCGGAAAGCGCCCAGCUGGGGAGGAUGUACCCAGGAAGGCCAAAAGAAAAACCAACAAGGGGCUGGCUCAGUGUCUCAAGGAAUACAAGGAGGCCAUACAUGAUAUGCAUUUGAGCAAUGAAGAGAUGAUAAGAGAAUUUGAUGAGAUGGCCAGGGUAGAGGAUGAGGUGAAGAAAACCAGACAGAAAUUGGGGGGGUUUAUGUGGAUGCAAAAAAGUUUACAGGACCCCUUCCACCCACGGGGCCCAAGGGAACUCAGGGGUGGCUGUAGGGCCCCACAAAGGGGCUUUGAGGACAUUCCUUUUGUGUAG